GACACAAUACUCGCAAUAUGCGAUAAGAAUCCUGACAGUCGGUGGUCUUAGACUAUAACUGAAUCAGUUCAGUGUCGCCAUUCGUAGACGUUUAAACGUUCUUGGUUUCUCUCACACUUGUUAUCAUUAUCAUUAAAAUCUUAUUUUUCCGAACGAAAAUAUUUCAUUAAAAUCAACGUCAUGUUAACACAGUGGAUAGAGGGAAUAGACGAUUUUUAAAAUAAGAAGAACUAUGUCAUAUAGGUAUGGGGCGCAGUAUGUGCCCGGCGUUGGGCUUGGCGCUGCACCCCAAAACAGGAGCUUCAAUUUCGAAUAUAUACCGAGCUAUCCACCGAUUAGAAUCGACAAAUACAGGGGUGGUUCUGAUAUACAAAAGAGAAUGACUCAAAGAGAAGAUACGUUGAGAUUCGAGCAGGGCCGUAUUAAGGCCUUGCAGGAAGAACGUUUGCAUAUACAGAAGAAAACAUUUACUAAAUGGAUCAAUUCAUUUCUAUUGAAGGCACGUAUGGAAGUAGAUGAUUUAUUCACGGAUCUAGCGGAUGGCAAGAAGUUACUGAAAUUGCUGGAGAUCAUCUCUGGUGAACGAUUGGCCAAACCUAACAAUGGUCGCAUGCGAGUACACAAAAUCGAGAACGUGAACAAAUCUCUAGCAUUUCUUCAUACGAAGGUUCGUCUGGAAAGUAUAGGAGCAGAAGAUAUAGUAGAUGGAAAUCCAAGAUUAAUAUUGGGUUUAAUCUGGACUAUUAUUUUGAGAUUCCAAAUUCAAGAGAUAGAAAUUGAUGUAGAUGAAGAAAAUGAUAGUAGUGAAAAGAAAUCAGCCAAAGAUGCUUUGCUACUCUGGUGUCAAAGAAAAACUAAUGGAUAUCCUGGUGUUAACAUUCAAGAUUUCACUGGAUCGUGGAGAAGUGGUCUUGGUUUCAAUGCCCUUAUUCAUGCUCACAGACCAGAUUUGGUUAAUUGGUCAGAACUUCAACAAAACAAAAAUAUCGACAAUCUUAAUUAUGCUUUUGACGUGGCUAAUUCAGAACUUGGAAUUCCGCGGCUGUUGGACGCGGAGGAUGUUGAUACUGCCAGACCUGAUGAAAAAUCUAUUAUUACUUAUGUUGCUUCUUAUUAUCACACUUUCGCCAGGAUGAAAAACGAGAUCAAAAGUGGUAAAAGAAUUGCGAAUAUUGUGGGGCAAAUGAUGGAUGCUGAUAAAAUGAAAAUUCACUAUGAAAAGCUCACAACAGAUUUAUUAGAAUGGAUCAAAAUGAAGAUAGGAGUUCUAGAGAAUAGGAAUUUUCCUAAUUCCUUGGAGGGCAUUCAGAGAGAAUUAUUAGCGUUCAAGCAAUAUAGAACGGUAGAGAAACCACCAAAAUACAAGGAAAGAUCAGAAAUAGAAGCUCUAUACUUUCACAUAAAUACCCAAUUAAAAUCAUUAAAUCAACCUGCGUUUACACCUCAAGAAGGUCAAUUAAUACAUGAUAUUGAAAGAAAUUGGGUAGAAUUAGAACGGGCUGAGCAUCGUCGAGAAGUUGCCUUAAGAACUGAACUUCUUAGGCAAGAAAGAUUAGAACAAUUAAACUAUAAAUUUGAAAGAAAAAGUGUACUAAGAGAAGGUUAUUUAAAAGAAAUGAUUCAAGUUUUAACAGAUCCUAGAUACGGUAGCAAUUUAGCUCAAGUAGACGCUACAGUGAAGAAACACGAAGCUAUUAGUGCAGAUAUCUUAGCUCGUGAAGAACGUUUUCAUGAUUUGACUAACAUGUCGGAAGAACUAGUAAGAGAAAAUUAUCAUGGGUUAGAAAGAGUGAGAAUCAGAGAACAAGAAGUACUUCAGAGGUGGAAAGAACUUUUAGCUCUUCUAGAUCAUCACAAAUCUAAUUUAGUUGCCUUAAGUUCUCUCAUGAGUCUUAUGCGAGAGAUUGAUACAACUUUGGCUUCUAUUCAAGAGCUGCAACUGAAUUUUCAAAGUACAGAUGUUGGUCCACAUCUAUUGGGAGUUGAAGAUUUGUUACAAAAACACAGUUUGCAAGAGUUGCAAGUAACUGCUCUAGGGGAAACUCAAAGGAGAUUAGGUAGACAAGCUGCUCAGCAUUUAGCACAGCCUCAGAGUAAAGAAGUUCCUUUAUUACAACAAAAACUAGAAAUGUUAAAUCGAGCUUAUGAUGAUUUAGUAGAAUAUAGUAAGGAACGUAAAGCUCGGCUAGAAGAUGCUAGGAAUUUCUUCCAUUUUCUUCAGGAUCAUGAGGAUGAAGAAUCUUGGUUGAUUGAAAAACAACGUAUUUGUAAAGCUGGAAUAUCGGCCAAAGAUUUACGUGCUGUAAUUUCAUUACAACAAAAACAUAAAGCUCUUCAAGAUGAAAUGAAAGUACGGAGACCGAAGUCUGAACAAUUAUGUGACGCCGGUAGAAAAUUGAUAGCUGAUAAUCAUCCUUCAGCUUUGGAAAUUCAAAAUCGUAUUGAUUCGUUGCAAGAACAUUGGAAAGUAUUGGAGGAGUUGGCUGCUCUGAGAAAAAAACAGUUAGAUGAUGCAGCAGAAGCUUUUCAGUUUUAUGCAGAUGCAAAUGAGGCGGAUUCCUGGAUGAAUGAGAAAAUGGCCCUUGUGACUUCUGAAGAUUAUGGCGUUGACGAACCUAGUGCUCAAGCGUUAUUACAAAGACAUAAAGAUUUGGAAGGAGAACUCAAUGCUUAUAAGGGUGAUGUACAAUCAUUAAAUAUGCAGGCUGAGAAACUUAUAAAAUCUGGAAUUUCUACACUUGAGUUAUCUGCUGAUCCAGAACCUGUUGCAGAAUUAGAACAAGAGGAAUGGAGUAAAGAAAUAAGGCUAGUUCCUCAAGAUGAAUGGGUGGAUGAAAUAGUAGAAAGAUUAGAACCUAGAACGGUUCUUGAAGAGAGAUUAGUGCCUCAAGUAAAAAGUUUGUAUCCAUUUAGUGGUCAAGGUAUGCACAUGGUAAAAGGCGAAGUAAUGUUUUUAUUAAAUAAAACAAAUCCUGAUUGGUGGAGUGUCAGAAAAGCAGAUGGUACAGAUGGAUUUGUACCAGCAAAUUAUGUUCGUGAAUUAGAACCUAAAAUAAUACAUGUUCAGGUGAGAAGACCAGAAAAAGUUAGAGUAACACAGAGAGUGAAAAAAACAAAGAUGGUUAAACAGUUAGUUCCUGUAAGAAGAGUGAAAUCUAUAAAAUCAACAGUGAAGCCAGUUAAAAGGAAAAUUGCUACUGAUGGAGAUAGCGUAGAAAAACGACAAAAAAAGAUUAAUGAAACUUAUAGUGAACUUCAAGAAUUAGCGCUAAGACGACAUGCAUUAUUAGAGGAUGCUAUAAGACUUUAUGGUUUUUAUCGUGAGUGUGAUGAUUUUGAGAAAUGGAUUAAAGAUAAAGAAAAAAUGUUGAGAACUGAUGACCCACGGGAUAAUGUUGAAACUGCUAAAAGAAAAUAUGAAAAGUUUCUUACAGAUCUUUCAGCAUCAGGAAAAAGAGUAGAAGCCAUAGAUGCAGCUGUUGAUGAAUUUGUUAGACAAGGACAUAGUCAAUUGGAUAAAGUUAAAGCUAGACAGAGACACAUUCAUCAACUUUGGGAUCAUUUGAAUUGGCUGAAGACACAAAAAGAAAAAAGUUUAGAAGGAGCAUCCAGUGUGGAAUUGUUUAAUAGAACUUGUGAUGAAGCUCAUGACUGGAUGUUAGAAAAAAUUACACAAUUAGACACUGCAGAACUUGGACCAGAUUUAAAAACAGUUCAGGCUCUUCAAAGAAGACAUCAACAUUUGGAAAGAGAAUUGGCACCAGUUGAAGAAAAAGUACGAAAAGUAAAUUUAUUAGCCAAUAGUGUAAAGAGUUCUUAUCCACAUGAAUUAAAUAAUGUAAAUGCUAGACAAAAUGAAAUAAAAGAAUUAUGGAAUCAAGUUCAAACAAAAGCUAAGGAACGCAGAUCCAGAUUAGAAGAUGCAGUAGGUCAACAGAUUUUCAUGAAUAGUUCAAAGAAUUUAAUAAAUUGGGCUGUGGAUAUACAAGAAACGAUGAAAGUUGAAGAACCUGUUAGAGAUGUUGCCACAGCUGAACAACUUAGAAAACAUCAUAUUGAGCUUGGAGAAGACAUACGAACUCGAGAAGAUGAAUUUCGUGAGGUAGAAGAACUUGGAAAUCAAUUAUUGCAUCGUAAUCCGACUUUAGUAGAUGUCAGUGAACGCUUAGAUAAAUUGCAUGGCUUAUAUCAAGCUGUAACAUCAGAUUGGAUUGCAAAAGAAGCCUGGUUGCAACAAUGUUUAGACUUACAGCAAUUUAAUCGCGAAGCUGAUCAAAUUGAAGCUACUACUAGUUCUCAUGAAGCAUUCCUAGAGUUUACUGACUUGGGAGAAUCUUUAGAUGAUGUUGAAGCUUUAUUAAAACAACAUGAAAAAUUUGAGAACACUCUCCAUGCACAAGAUGAUAGAUUAAAAGCAUUUAGUGACACUGCAGAUAAAUUAAUCGCUCAAAAUCAUUAUGAUAAAGAUUAUAUCAAUGAUAGAAGGAAUCAAGUCUUGGCUCGAAGGAAUCAAGUGAAAGAUGCUGCACAACGUCGCCGCGCAGCUCUUAAAGCCUCGGAACAUUAUCAACAAUUUUCUGCAGAAGUGGAUGAUCUAAGAGAUUGGCUAGGUGACAAAAUGAAGACAGCAUCCGAUGAAAGUUAUCGGGACUUAAAUAAUCUUGAACGAAAACUUCAGAAGCAUGAAGCGUUCGAAAGAGAAUUAAGAGCUAAUGAAGGGCAAUUAAGAGCAGUGAAUAAAGCUGGAAAAGCUUUGAUAUCUGAAGAAAAUUACAGAUCAGACGAUGUAGGAGAAACUUUAAAAGAAUUAAAUGAUCAGUGGAAUCAAUUAGUAGAUUUAUCUUUGGAAAAAGGUCGUCGAUUAAGACAAGCUGCUUGUCAACAUGGUUAUAAUCGAACAAUGGAAGAUGCUAGAUUGAAACUGGAAGAAAUAGAAAAUUGCUUGCAAAGUAAACAAGUAGGAGUAGAUCUUAGAAGUUGUAAAGAAUUGUUGAAAAAACAUCAGACACUUGAAAGCGAUAUGUGCCAAUGGGAACAAAAAGUGGAUGAUUUAGUCGCCAUGGGUGAAGAAAUGGCUCAUGAAGGUCAUUUUGACGCCGCAAAUAUAUUGAAAACUAGCCAAGCGACACAAAAAAAAUUCCGUAGCUUAAAAGAACCAGCUAAAAGAAGACGAGAAGCAUUAGAAGAAAGUUUACGUUUUCAUAAAUUCGGUUUCGAAUUAGAUGCUGAAUUACAAUGGAUAAAAGAUCACCUUCCUCAAGCAUCCUCGACGACUCUUGGACAAAAUUUGCAUCAAGCUCAAACAUUGCAUAAGAAACACAAAAAACUAGAAGCUGAAAUUGUUGGCCAUCAACCAAUGAUAGACAAAACAUUGGCUUCCGGGCAAGCUUUGAUUGAUCAGGCCCAUCCAGAGAAAAAAAAGAUACGAGAAUUAUGCGAUGUACUCGACGAAGCGUGGAGAGGACUCCAAGAAAAGGCCGCAGAACGAAACAAAGAUUUAGAAUUAUCUUUAAAAGCACAAGAAUUCUUCUUUGAAGCAGGGGAAGUUGAAAGUUGGCUGAAUGAAAAGAAUGAUGUUCUCAGUUCCACUGAUUAUGGCAGAGAUCGCGAUGCCGCUACAAAAUUAUUAACAAAACAUAAAGCAGUUGAAUUAGAAUUAGAUACUUAUAAUGGUAUUGUAACAGAAAUGGGACAUACUGCUGCCACUAUGAUUAAUGCAAAACAUCCUGACAGCAAAGCAAUAGCAAAUAAACAGCAAGCAAUCGCUCAACAAAUGCGAGCAUUACAAAGAUUGGCUACAGUAAGACAACAACGUUUGAUGGAGAGUAUGUAUCGUCAUGAAUAUUUUCUAGAAAGCAGAGAAUUAGAACAAUGGAUUAAGGAACAGGAACAAGCGGCCGCUUCUGAAGAUUAUGGCCAAGAUUAUGAACAUUUGUUGAUACUACAAGCUAAAUUCAAUGAUUUUAAACACAGAAUAGAAGCUGGUUCUGAAAGAUUUAAUCAAUGUGAAGAGUUGGCUAGAAAAUUAAUUGCUAAUGAAAGUCCUUAUAUUCAAGAUAUCGAGAAACGACAAGAGCAAUUAGGGGAAUCUUGGAAACAUCUUCUUGGUCUUAUUCGAAAUCGUGAGCAAAGGUUACAAGCUGCUGGUGAAAUUCAUAGAUUCCAUCGAGAUGUAGCUGAAGCUUUAUCUCGUAUACAAGAAAAAGAGGCAGCUUUACCAGAAGAUUUAGGACGCGAUUUAAAUUCUGUACUUGCAUUAAUUAGACGUCACGAAGGUUUUGAAAACGAUCUAGUCGCUUUGGAGGCACAACUUCAAGUUCUAGUUGAAGAUGCAUCUAGGUUGCAAGCACAUUAUCCAGGAAAUAACGCAGUACAUAUUGAUCAACAACAACAAAUUGUUGUUGCUCAUUGGGAAGAAUUGAAAGAAAGAUCUGCUCUUAGAAGAGAUCAAUUACAAGCAAGUUGUGAUCUACAACGAUUUUUGACCCAGGUCAGAGAUUUGAUGAAUUGGGCAGCUGGACUUCGUGCCGCAAUGUCAACGGAAGAUAAAGUAAGAGAUGCAGCUAGCGCACAAAUCUUAAAGGCAGAACAUGAAGCUUUAAAAGGAGAAAUCGAAGCUAGAGAAGAUAGCUUUAGUUCAGUUCUUGAUUUGGGCGAAGCUAUGGUUCAAACUGGGCAUUAUGCUGCUUUAGAAGUUGAAGAAAAAUGUAAUCAAUUAUUAGAUGAAAGACAAAAAUUACAUACUGCUUGGCAACAGAAAAAAGUACAUUUAGAUCAAUUAAUAGAUCUACAUUUCUUCUUACGAGAUGCUAAACAAUUGGACAAUUUAUCAACCACUCAAGAAGCUGCACUGAGUGGUGAUAACUUUGGUGAUUCUGUUGAAGAAGUAGAUGCCCAAGUAAAGAAGCAUAAUGAAUUCGAAAAAUUAUUAGUAACACAAGAAGAAAAGUUAACUGCUUUACAAGAACACGGAGAUAAGCUUCUAGCUCAGAAUCAUUUUGAUUCGCCUACGAUUGCUAGAAGAUUAAGCGAAGUUGUACAAAGACGAGCAAGAAUUCGAAAUUUCUGCGAUGCACGAAGAAGAAGAUUAGAAGCUGGUUUAUUACAUGCUCAAUUCGUUAGAGAUGUUGCAGAAGCUGAAUCUUGGAUUGGUGAAAAGCAAAAGAAACUCGAGGCCGAAGCAUCUAAAGGAGAAGUAUCUAGUUUGGAGGAUAAAAUCAAGAAGUUACAAAAACAUCAGGCAUUCCAAGCUGAAUUAGCAGCAAAUCAGAGCAGAAUCGAAGAAAUAAAGGCUAAAGGCGAGAGAUUGCUUCAACAGAAGCAUCCAGCAAGUGCUGAAAUUCGACAACAACUAGAACAUCUUCAUGCUUCAUGGAGAAAAUUGCUAUUGGAAUCUGGAAAUCGUGGUAGAGGUUUAGAAGAAGCUCAGGAUAUUUUAGAAUUCAACAAUCAAGUAGAGAAAAUAGAAGCCUGGAUAAGAGACAAAGAAAUGAUGGUCCAAGCUGGAGAUACUGGAAAAGAUUAUGAACACUGUUUAAGUCUUCAAAGGAAACUUGAUGAUGUAGACAGUGAUAUGAGAGUAGAUGAUUCUAGAAUAAAGACAAUUAAUGCUUUAGCUGAUAAAUUAAUUAAACAAGGCAGGGACAAUGAAUCAAAAGCUAUUCAACAACGUCGUGACAACUUUAAUAAUAAAUGGAAAGGCUUGCAAGGAGCAUUGAGCACUUACAGAGAAAUGUUAGCUGGAGCUUUAGAAAUUCAUUUGUUUAAUAGAGAUAUAGAUGACACAAGUCAAAGAGUCAUUGAAAAAUCAGUUGCUAUGAAUACUACUGAUAUCGGUAAGGAUCUACCUGCUGUUGAACAUUUACAAAGAAAACAAGAAGCAAUGGAACGUGAUAUGACUGCCAUUGAAGGAAAAUUGAAAGAACAUAAAGCAGAAGCUAGAGAAUUAUCAUUGAAAUAUCCAGACAAAGCACCUCAGAUAAAUGGAAUAUUAUCAGAAUUACAAUCUAAUUGGGACGACUUACAACGAUUUACUCAACAUCGUCGCGAAGCUUUAAAUCAAGCUUAUACUUUACAUAAAUUCCAAGCUGACUUACAUGAGUUAGAACUUUGGGUAGCUGAUACAAUUAAACGUAUGGAUGAAUCUGAACCACCAACAACCAUAUCUGAAGCUAAAGCCUUAUUAGAACUUCAUCAAGAAAGGAAAGCAGAGAUCGAUGGCAGACAGGAUACAUUCAAAGCCUUGAAAGAGCAUGGACAGAAGCUUAUAACUAUUAAUGAAGAUGUCAAAGAUAAUUUGGAACAUCUAGAGAAACUUAGACAAGGAUUGGCCAAUGCUUGGGAAACUAGAAGACAAAAAUUAACACAAGCACAUCAAUUACAAUUAUUCAAGGAACAGGCAGAUCAAGCAGACAGUUGGUUAGCAACAAAAGAAGCAUUUCUUAACAAUGACGAUCUUGGUGAAUCUCUAUCUGGUGUAGAAGCAUUAUUACGUAAACAUGAAGAAUUUGAAAAAAUGCUGAUUUCUCAAUUAGGUCGUAUUGAAGAAUUAGAAAAAUUUGCAAAUGAAAUUUUAUCAAAAGAACAUGCAGAUGCUAGCGUUAUUAAGCAACGAUUAGCAUCUGUUUGUACUAGAAGAGAUAAAUUACAGAAUAAUGCAAGAGCAAGAAGAAAGAAAUUAUUGGAAAGUCAUCAUUUACAUCAGUUCCUUCGAAAUAUAUACGAAGUUGAAGGUUGGCUUCAUCAAAAACAACAAGUAGCAAGUGAUGAAAGCUAUAGAGACUCGUCUAAUUUACAGAGUAAAAUUCAAAAACAUGUUGCAUUUGAAAGUGAACUUAUGGCAAAUAAGGGACGAGUAGCAGCAGUAGUCAAUGAAGGUGAAGCACUAAUUGAAGAAAACCAUUAUGCUUCAAAUAGUAUUCAAGAGCGUUUAGAUGAAUUAGAAGCUGAGUGGCGUAUGCUUCAAGAAACCAGUGAAUUAAAAAAGAAUAGAUUAAAUGACGCUUACCAAGCUUUACUCUUCGGACGAACUUUGGAUGAAUUCGAGACAUGGAUGGAUGAAAUAGAAACUCAAUUGCAAUCAGAAGAUCAUGGAAAAGACCUUUCUAGUGUAGCUAACUUAUUAAAGAGACAUACAAACUUGGAAAACGAUGUUUUAGGUCAUAAUGAAGCUUGUGAAUCAAUUAAAGAAACAGCGACUAGUUUUCAGAAAUCGAAUCAUUUUAUGUGCGAUGAAAUACAAGACAGAGCGAUGGCUACAAUAAAUAGAUAUCAUAGUUUACAAGAACCAAUGCAGAUAAGAAGAGAUAACUUAGAAGAUGCUAAAUUACUACAUCAAUUUGCAAGGGAUGUUGAAGAUGAACUACAUUGGUUAUCAGAAAAAGAACUUUUAGCUGCAAGCAAUGAUUUAGGAAGCUCUCUGACCACUGUACAACGAUUGCAAAAAAAACAUCAAGCUUUGGAAGCGGAAUUAAUUUCCAGAGAACCUGUAGUCGCGUCUCUAGUUAGUAGAGCUACAGUUAUGGUAAGAAGCAGUCAUUUUGCUUCAGAAAAAAUUGAAAAAUUGUCACAAGAAUUACAAGAUAAACUUUCACAUCUUAAAGAUUUAGCUAGUGUUAGAAAAUUACGUUUACUCGAUGCUGUUGAAUCACAAAUGUUUUAUGCUGAAGCAACAGAAGCUGAACAAUGGAUUAAAGAGAAACAUCCACAAUUAACUGCUACAGAUUAUGGAAAAGACGAAGAUUCUGUUCAAUCACUGUUGAAAAAAUUAGAGGAAAUAGAACGAGAUUUAAUUGGUUUUGAGAAUAAUACUAUUGAAAACUUGAGGAAACUUUCACAUGGACUCAUAGAUAGACAUCAUUUUGAUAGUAAUAAUAUCACACAGAAACAAACAGAAAUCGAACAGAGAUUUAAGGAAUUACAAAAAUUAAAAGAGUAUCGAUUUCAACGAUUACGUGAAAGCGAGAAAUUCUUUAAAUUUAUUAGACAAGCAGAUGAAGUUAUUGAAUGGAUUGGAGAUCAAACAACCGUUGCUGCUUCAGAAGAUUAUGGUCGCGAUGUAGAACAUGUAGAGCUUCUCAUUCAGAUAUUUGAUAACUUUUUAGCCGGUUUAACAACAAGUGAAGGUCGAGUAUCAGCAGUAUUAGAUGAAGGACAAAAAUUAAUUCAAGAAAAUAAUCCAGAAAAAACUAAAAUUUUAAUGAAAAUCGACGAAACAAAGCAACAAUGGGAAGAUUUAAAGGAAUUAGCGCAUGCUCGACAAGAUGCAUUGGCAGGUGCAAAACAAGUACAUAUGUUCGAUAGAACUGCUGAUGAAACUAUUUCUUGGAUUCAAGAAAAAGAAACUGCUCUUAGUUCUGAUGGUUAUGGUCAUGAUUUGGAAACAAUCCAAGCAUUGGUAAGAAAGCAUCAAGGAUUUGAGACGGAUUUAGGUGCUGUAAAAGAGCAGGUUGAAUUGCUGAUGGACGAAGCUUCUAGAUUAAUUGAAUUAUUCCCAGAUGCUCGUUCACAUAUAGAAGUAAAACAUCAAGAAGCUGAAGCAACUUGGAAUGAAUUAUUAGAGAAAGCAGCUCAAAGAAGAAGCAAACUCUCUCAAGCAGAACAACUGCAGGCAUACUUGGGUGAAUACCGAGACUUGAUGUCCUGGAUAAAUGAAAUGGUAGCCAAAGUAACAGCUCCUGAAUUAGCUCGUGACGUGCCAGGUGCUGAAGCAUUGAUAUUGAGACACAAUGAAUAUGAAACAGAAAUUGAAACACGCAACGAAGCAUUUGAUAAAUUUUACAAAACGGGUCAGGAAUUGAUAGAAGAAGGCCAUUUUAUGGCAAGGGAAAUAGAGGAGAAAAUAUCUGUUUUACAACACAGACAACAGUUUCUAAAGGACACAUGGGAACAGAGAAGACAUAUUUAUGAACAGAAUCUAGAUACUCAAUUGUUCAAACGUGAUGCAGAAACAUUGGAAAAUUGGAUUGUGAGUAGAGAACCUAUGUUGAACGAUGGUAAGUUAGGAGAAAGUAUUUCUCAAGUAGAAGAAUUAAUACGGAAGCAUGAAGAUUUUGAGAAGACUAUUGAAGCGCAGGAAGAAAGAUUCAAUGCUCUUAAGCGUAUAACUAUGUUAGAAAAAGCAUUCCAAAAGCAGCAAAAGGCAGAAAUGGCUGCCAGACAAGCAGAGAAGGAAAGAAUAGAACGUGCACGUUUUGAAGAGCGGAAACGCAAGGAAGUACAAAGGAUAACUGAGGAAAGGAAACGUGAAGAAGAACGAAGAAGACUACUUGAUAGUCCUCACCAUGCUGUGCAUGAUGAAUUUAAUGGAACAACUGAAGAACAUGAAUCUAUUAAUAAACUAUCGCCUCUGAAAGCUUCAACCACAACUGAAGGUUUAGAUUCGACACCAGUGCAAAAGCCACAUGGUAUUUCUCAUGUAUUUGGUGAGAAGUUGAGAAGAACAACUCCUGAUAUUAAACGAGCAGAGAGUAUGAAAGUAGAUACGAAAAAACCGAAAAGAACACAGUUCACGACCAGAAGAAGAACUCAGAGCUUUAGGAAACUUCAGAGGAUGGAAAAUAUGGAUGCUCUUCCGCCAGUAGAAAUUCAAGGUCUAUUAGAAAGGAAACAUGAACUUCAAAGUGCUGGUAAAAAAGCAGCUGUACGUUCGUGGAAGCAAUACUAUACAGUAUUAUGUGGACAGCUUCUGUGUUUCUUUAAAGAUAUGGAGGAUUUCUCAUCAAGUAAAGCAGCCACUGCUCCUAUUACUAUUUUCAAUGCCAUAUGUGAAAAAGCAGAUGAUUACACCAAAAAGAAAAAUGUGUUUAGAUUGAAAUGUACAGAUGGAUCAGAAUUUUUGUUCUUAGCACCAAGUCAACAAGAAAUGGAAGAUUGGGUCAAUAAAAUAUCAUUUCACGCUAAAUUACCACCAAGUCUACAAUUAUUAAGUUACGAUGAAUCGCAGAAGGAAGGUCUAGAAAGAUUACAGAAUGUAACUAUAGAUCAUGUUGAUGAUACUAUUUCAACUGGUAGCAGUCGUGCUUCGACUCCGGAGUUAGAACGAAAAAAUUCUGUGAUCAGACGUGAUAUAUCAAAUCAACAUUCGCCAAGUAGUGUACAAAUUGAAUUUCUUCAAAUGCACAGACAAAAUCAACAAAAACGCGAUUUGCAAAGUAAUACUGAAUUUUUAGCUACUCAGAGGAAUGAACCACCUCAGACACAGACAGAAUUCUUACAAAUGCAUAGACAACAACAAUUAUUAGCACAGCAACAACAAUUGAUACAACAAGAACAAUUGGCAAGCCAGAGAGAUCAAUAUCAACCAAAUUCCGGAGAAAAGCCACCUAUUCCUCCAAGAGGGGCACCUCCUCCUAUUCCAAUGAGAUCUCCUAGUUCAGAAACUAUUCCGCAAUAUAGACGCGAUGAUAUAGAACAAAUUCAAGGAAGACCCGGUUUUUAUCAGCAACGUAAUAUAACAUUAAAUCACAAUGGAUCCAAUCAAUAUUCAUCUAAUACAAACUGGCAUAGACAGAGUGUUGAUCUUAAUCAAGAGUUAGCACCUCCCUUGCCAUCAAGUGCUCCUCCACCAACCAGAAUAGCUCAAUGGGGUGUUCCUCAUGAUUCUGCUUAUGGAAACGUUCCCAUAAAUUCCAGACAGGGUAUGCAGCAAAAUAAUUCCUUCACAGGUAGACCAGUAUCUUUACCAGCAUACGUGGAUCCUCCAACAAUUCCACAAAAUUCUCAAACUCUCUCAAAUAUAGAUAGUAGAAGAGCUAGCGAAAGUGGAUCAGAAAGUGAACAUAGCGUUGGUAGUAAUCGCAAAGAUCGCGAUUACAAACGAAGUUCUGUAUUAAGCAAUUUAUUUGGCAGACGUAAGAAACCUCAAUCGUAACCCUAGUGACGAUAAUAUUUACGCUUUACAGAAUUUAAUAUAUCUGUAAUAAGCGUACAAAUUUUUACGGAACAAAAAAAAAAAAAAUAAAAUCCCUUCAAAUUA